AGUCAGCGCGCUGCGCACGAGAGCAACAACCUCAUUUCUGGAUAUUAGGCACGAAGGGCAAGUGCGCGAGCGCAGCGCGCGGACACAAUUCGUUCGUUCGCUGAGAGAGAAGCGCGCGAAUGGUUUUCAAACUGAAAUGAGUCGUUAACGGCCGUUUGAAAAUGAAGAGGCUUUCUCGAAAGCUGACAUUAGUUCUCGCAGCGUUGUUUUGGAUAGCCGCUUUACUCUAUUUCAUAUUGCUGAAUAGCCGGAAAAUACUACCUGACCAAAGAAACGAGCUACCGCAAGUAAAAGAGAUUUCAGAUGCUGAGUGGGAUGACCUGCUGGAAGAGUUUGAAGAGAAAAGCUACCUCAAUGCUCACAGAUGGAAGCCAGGCCAGGACCCCUACAGUCUGUAUGCCUUCAAUCAAAGAGAGAGCGAGAGAAUCCCCAGCAACAGAGCGCUUAGAGACACCCGACAUUACAGGUGUACAACACUGCACUAUGACCCCGACCUGCCAUCCACUACCAUAGUGAUCACGUUUCACAAUGAGGCACGAUCUACCCUGCUGCGCACAGUUCGGAGCCAACUGUGCCGGAGGAGUUGCACCUGUUGCUGCCGGGCCCGGGGAGGGAGAAACAUCCUCACCAGUGUGUUGAAUCGGACUCCUGUGCAUCUGAUUCACGAGAUCAUACUGGUAGACGAUUUCAGCGAUGAUCCAAAUGACUGCCUUCUUCUCACCAAGUUGCCUAAAGUAAAGUGUCUUCGCAAUAAACGCAGAGAAGGACUGAUCCGGUCCAGGGUUCGAGGGGCUGACGCUGCAGGAGCCGGGAUCCUGACCUUUUUGGACAGUCACUGUGAGGUCAACAAAGAUUGGCUGCCUCCACUGCUGCAGAGGGUCAAAGAGGACCCGACCUGUGUCACCAGCCCUGUGAUUGACAUCAUUAAUAUGGACACGUUUGCCUAUGUCGCCGCUUCCUCAGACUUGCGAGGAGGCUUCGACUGGAGUUUACAUUUUAAAUGGGAGCAACUAUCAGCUGAAAAGCGAGCCAAGAGAGCUGACCCUGCAGAGCCUAUUAAAACGCCCAUCAUUGCAGGAGGACUUUUUGUGAUUGACAGAUCCUGGUUCAAUCGCUUGGGAAAAUAUGACACAGCCAUGGACAUCUGGGGAGGGGAGAACUUUGAGAUUUCUUUUAGAGUAUGGAUGUGUGGAGGAAGCCUAGAAAUCAUUCCCUGUAGCAGGGUCGGCCAUGUAUUCCGCAAGAAACAUCCUUACAUCUUCCCAGAGGGCAAUGCCAACACCUACAUAAAAAACACCAGAAGAACUGCUGAGGUUUGGAUGGAUGAGUUCAAACUGUUCUACUACUCAGCUCGACCGGCUGCUAGGGGAAAAUCCUACGGAGACAUUCACGGUAGGCAGGAGCUCCGCAAGAGUCUCAAGUGCAAAUCAUUCAAGUGGUAUCUGGACAAUGUCUAUCCAGAGCUCAAAGUUCCUGAUGAUUCAGAUGCUAAGUCUGGUGUGAUCCGGCAGAGACAGAACUGUCUAGAGUCUCGUAUAGUUAAGGGUCAGGAUCUCCCAGUGCUCACACUUGCACCCUGCAGCAUCACCAAAGAUGUACCAGCAGCCAUCCAGGAGUGGAUCUACACCCAUGGACAGCAAAUCCGCCAGCAGCAACACUGUCUGUCCGUCUCCACCACUUUCCCUGCCUCCCAGAUACUGCUCGUGCCAUGCAACAUCAGUGACGGCAAGCAGCGUUGGCAGAAAUCUGGCACUCACCUGGAGCACCUGGCGUCUCGUUUCUGUGUGGACAGCGAGAUGGCUCUGGACGGCGUCGAGAGCAGUAAAAUGCUGGUGAUCAGCCCAUGUGAACAGUCAGCACACACUCAGAGAUGGGAGAUGCCUUUCUCGUGAUCCUUCCUCCUUGGCCUCUCCUCGCCUUUCAGAGCUCAGCUGGAGUCAAAGAUGGAUAGAGAGGCAGAGAGAGUGAGUGUGUACCUCCAGGAGGGGCUACAUCUGUGUCCUGCUGUUCUGCUAUGUCCACUCCCUUUGUCUCUUCGGCACACCCCAGGUAUGCUGGGAUUGCAGGAUGUUCUGACUCAACGACAUGACCUCAUUACUGCCUCUAUAUUAAUGCUACUUUCUACAUAAUGGGGUUGUCUGAUAAAAGACACGUGCUGUCAAGUGCUGAAGGUAACUCUUAAGCAAAAAAAAUGUUCUAAUGGUAAAAUAUUUUUUCCUAUCCCAGUUUAAUAUGCAAAGUCAUCUAUAAGUAAGCUGCUAGUUGGCUGAUUCCCCUGAAGACACUGUGACUAUCAAAAUAUUGCUCUGUUUGUUUGAGCAUCUCUACCAGGGCUGCGUUUCCAAAAAGCAUCGUGAACCUAAGUAGACUCUAGAAAUCAGUGGCACCAAUGAUCUGU